AUAUAGAAAUAUUUAUAGUCACCUGCAAAAAUGAACUUGUUCGUCACAGAAUCACAGUCAACACAAAUGCAUUCUCUCACUUGCUCAAAUCUUUCUCCUCCAGUCUCCCGAUUAGAACAACAAACUUCAACAGAUUCAACCAUUUCUCCCUUAAUUAAACCCUCGGCAAUUUAGGGUUUUUGCCCCGAUUUCAAUUUUCCCAGACCUCUGAAUUUGAAUUUGAUAAAGCAAUUGGAGAGUGUUAAUGGCAAAAGCUUAAGCUUACAUUAAUGGCGAUAGCAUCUUUCUUCAACAGUUCAACUUCUACUUAAACCCUUCGCAAAUCAGGGAUUUCUCUUUCAUGUAGUGAUACCGUCGCCUUCAAUUUUUACAGACCUCUGAAAUUGGUUAGGUAGUAUAAUCAAAUUAGGGUUUUCGAAAUUGAAGAAUGGCGAUUAUACUUGGAGUUGGUGUAAAACAAAUCGUUGCAAAAGCUUCAGCUUACAUUAAUGGCGGUAACAUCAUUCAUCGUCUUCCAACUUCUGUUUUUCAUCUCCACAGCAUUUCUGACUCCGCUGAAAAUGACGUUGAUCCCAAAUUCUUCCUGAAAUCGGUGCGACAACAAUCUAAGCUGGGAUUUCGCAACCUUGAAGAUGCUGUCUCUCUCUUCAAUAGAAUGACCCGUAUGAAUCCUCUCCCUUCUCCUUUCGAUUUUACUCUAAUUUUGUCUUCUAUGGCCAAGAUUAAACCUCGUCACUCUGACAUAUAUUCAACUGUAAUUUCUCUGUAUGGUCAUUUAGAGAUGUUGGGUGUUUCUCAUAAUCUUCGUUCUUUCAAUGUUCUUGUCAAUUGCUAUUCCUACCUGGGCCAUGUCGAUUUCGGGUUUUCGGUUAUGGGAAAAAUCAUCAAAAAUGGGUAUCAUCCCAGUAUUGUGACUUUCAAUACACUCAUCAACGGGCUUAUUCAUAUUGAUCUUUUGGAACAAGCUUCUAAAUUGUUGGAUCAAAUUGUCAAGCUUGGGUUUCAAGCCAACCAUGUUACCUAUGGUACUUUGAUCAAAGGUCUUUGUAGAAUAGGAAACCAUGCAACUGCUCUCACUUUGCUUUUGACUAUGCAAUCUGGGCUUUCCCUUUCCAAACCUGAUAUUUUCAUGUAUAACACCAUCAUUGAUAGUCUGUGUAAAAACAAGCUUUUACCUCAGGCCCUCACCCUUUUUUCUGAGAUGAAAAGCAAGGGCAUUCCACCCGACGUCUUAACUUAUAAUACCUUAGUUAGAGGGAUGUACACUUUGAGGCAAUGGGAUGAUGCAAAAGACAUGUUAAAUGAGAUGUUGGAGAACAAUAUUGAUCCUAUUGUUGAGACCUAUAACAUGCUAAUUGACAUGUGUUGCAAACAUGGGAAGGUUAGGGAGGCAGAAGCUAUAUUGGGACUCAUGACUAAGAGGGGUGAUGCUCCAGAUAUCAUUACUUAUAAUUCUCUGUUGGAUGGGUUUUGUAUGUGUGGGCAAAUGGAUGAAAGUUUUGACCUAAUGAAUUUGAUAGUGAAAAAUGGUUGUAUGCCUGAUAUUGUUACUUACACCAGCUUGUUGAACGGAUUUUGCAAGUGUAAAAAGCUCGAUAAGGCCUUCGACUUAGUCCAGGAUAUGCGUCUAAGAGGAUUAGCCCCUGAUGUUUUCACAUAUAGCAUUCUUAUAAAUGCCUUUUGUAAGGACAACAAACUCCAGUUCGCAUGUCAAGUUAUCCAGGAUAUGGAAGCUCAAGGUAUCACACCUGAUAGGGUUACUUACAAUUCAUUGCUUGAUGGCCUCUGUAAAAGCUCACAGAUUGAUGAGGCAAUGGCAAUGCUGAAAGGAAUGACGAGUAGUGGAGCAGCCCCUGAUAUUGUCACCUACAAUAUCCUAAUUGACGGCCUUUGUCAAGUUGGGAGACUUGAAGAAGCAAUGGACAUCUUAUCUUCUCUUCGGGCUAAAGGUUUAGAUCCAGACAAUUAUACUUAUAAUGUAAUAAUAAAUGGAUAUUGCAAGUGUAAAAAGUUUGACCAAGCCCUUGGCAUGUUCCAUGAUAUGCAUCUUAGAGGAUUGAAAGCAAAUGUUGUCACGUACAACAUUCUCAUACAUGCCUUGUGCAAGGAGAACAAAGUCCAGCUUGCAGAUCAACUUAUCCAGAAAAUGAAAGUUCAAAACCUCACACCAGAAGCACCUACUUACAUUUCAUUGACAGAUGGUGUCUAUAACAUGUCACUGAUUGAUGAGGCAAUGGCAAUGCUGAAAAAAAUGAUUGCCAGUGGAGCAGCCCCUGAUAUUGUCACCUACAAUAUCCUAAUUGAUGGCCUUUGUCAAGUUGGGCGACUUGAAGAUGCAGGGGACAUCUUGACUUCUCUCCGGGCUAAAGGUUUAGAUCCAGACAAUUAUACAUACAAUGCAAUGAUAAAUGGAUAUUGCAAGUGUAAGAAGCUUGAUCAGGCACUUGGCUUGUUCCAUGAUAUGCAUAAUGGAGUAUUGGAACCCGAUGUUGUCACAUAUAGCACUCUCAUAGAUGCCUUAUGCAAGGAGAACAGGUUCGAGUUUGCAAAUCAACUUGUCCAGAAAAUGAAAACUCAAAACCUCACAACAGCCACAGUUACUAAUGAUUCUUUUAUUGGUGGCCUAUGUGAAAGCUCAUAGAUUAGCAAGGCAACGGCAAUCGUGAGAGAAAUGGAUAGAAGCAUAUUGGUCCCUUAUUAUCACAUACUUGUAUUUCAAGUUGAGUACCUUGAAGAUGCUGUGUUUUUUUCUCUUCUCCACAAGCAAAGGGAUUUACAACCAAACAAUUUCAUACACAAAUGUAAUGAUUAAGGGGCUCUGUAAGAAAGGGGUUUUGAAUGAUGCGGUUGAACAACUGAACAGUUAGUGGCUGCUCUCCAUAUUUUGCAUUUUCAAUACGAUUUGCAGAGGAUUAUUCAUGACACUGAUGUCCGAAAGGCAUUGGAGUUCUUCAGAAUCAUGAGUAGCAAAGGGCUUGCCCCUGAUGCUCACGCUACUUUGCUGCUUGGUCUCUCACUUGCUGGUCACAUUAUUAGCAAUGUGCAUAUGGCUUUGCUUCCUCUGGUUUACUUGUUAUUCUUUUUUAACAUGGAUGUUCAAAUACUUCACGUCACAAAGACACUGAAGGAAAGUGGACGCAUUUACAAUAUGGCUGCUUGAAAAUAAUCCGCUUGCAUAUGCUCCAAGGAGGUUGAAGUUCUUUACUGAAGUCUGAAGUUUUAAAUUUUGUGAUUUAUUCUUUUAGAUUUGCCAAUACAAAGACAUGAAAGAUUAUCCCUUAGACUUGUGGCUGUGGAGAAACUCUCUCAGCCUCAGAAUCCGUUUCGAAGUUAAGUUUCAGAGUGUUGAAGAUGUCACGCGACUCACGCAUUAUGCCUUCAAUUGGUGGACUAUGUGAAGCUGUUCAUGCGAAUGGGUUGCAGCCCCACCAUUGUUAAUGAAAACGGAGGAUAAUUCAUGUUCUUCAGAUGAUGAUUGAACCUACUGUGCAUUUAUCAGUGAAUUUCUUUCUAGUAAUGCUGUCUGAAACCUGAAAAGGCUUUGGAGUUUAUCAAAAAUAUGACUGCUAUGUGCUAACAAAGGCUUUGAAGCUGAUGCUCGCGCUACUUGGUUGAGUUGUGGAUUGCUCAUUCCUCAGAAGGGUUUUUAAGUACCACCAGAUCACAAGUUUGUGGCCAAUUUGCUACUUUUGUGGAUUGUAGAUUUCUUCAGGAAAUUGUAGGCUUGUAGAGUUUGUAGCUAGCUUCGGAAGGCUUUGUACUUUAUAUUAAAUUGCGGUUUAUCACCAAGUAAAUAUACUUCCAUUCGGAACAAUUUGUCAAUAUGCUAGGUGCUUAUUAUCUGAAACCUAAUUUAA